AUGUAUCGUCAUGGUGAUAGGGGUCCCGUUAAAAUAUUUAAAACAGACCCUAAUCAAGCUGAUAGUUGGUUUCAAGGAGAGGGCUACCUUACUGAGCUUGGCAUGGAGCAACAUUACAUACUGGGAAAAUAUCUGAGAAACCGAUAUAACGGAUUUUUAAACGAAUCGUAUCUUCUGUCCGAGUUCAGUAUCCGAAGUUCUAACAUAGAUAGAUGUCUAAUGUCGGCGUACUGCAACCUGGCUGGAUUAUACCCUCCCACGAGUCGUCAAGUAUGGAAUAAAAAGUUACUAUGGCAACCGAUACCUGUACACACUAUACCUGAACCAUUAGACAAUAUGCUGGCUAUAGACAAACCCUGUCCAAAAUAUGACCAACUUUACCAAAAGUCGCUAAGAUCACCCGUAGUUAUAAAGGAAGAGACGGAAAAUAAGCACAAGGGAACAUAG